AUGGCUAAAAUAACAUCUAUCGUGUACUACCGCGUGAAGCCGCGAUGGCUGAUGGUCAAGGUUGUCGACGAGAACGGUGAGCAUGGAUGGGGUGAGGCGACUCUUGAAGGUCACGAUCUCGCCGUUGAAGGUUGCCUGGAUGAGAUGAUACCUCGCAUCAUCGGCGAGGAAGCAAAUGACAUUGAGAAUAUCUGGCAGACAUUUUGGCGGCAUGGCUUUUACCGUGGAGGUCCGGUCUUUAUGUCAGCCAUGUCAGGAAUCGACAUUGCCUUGUGGGAUCUCAAAGGUCGCAACUUGAAGGUUCCCAUUUACGAGCUCCUCGGUGGAAAAGUUAGAAACAAAGUUCAGGUCUACUGUUGGAUCGGAGGCGACCGCCCUUCAGACGUUGAAGCAGCUGCCAAAAAGCGUCUGGAACAAGGCCUCACAUGUGUAAAAAUGAACGCCACCGAGGACCUGGGAUGGAUCGACUCCCCAUCAGCUCUCGAUAGCACUGUUGAACGCCUCAAGCAAGUCAAGGCGCUCGGUCUCGAUGUCGGUUUGGAUUUCCACGGACGCUGCCACAAAGCCAUGGCCAAGCAGCUCGCCAGAGCACUCGAGCCCCACCGACCUUUAUUUAUCGAGGAACCAAUUCUUUGUGAGCAUCCAGAAGCGAUCAAGAAGCUAUCAGACCAGACCGUUAUUCCCAUCGCCUUUGGAGAAAGGUUAUACACCCGAUGGGACGUGAAGCGAUUCUUGGAAGACUCAAGUGUGGAUAUUCUCCAGCCCGAUAUCGCGCAUGCGGGCGGAAUCUCAGAAACAAAGCGCAUAGCCAACAUGGCAGAAGCAUACGAUGUCGCCAUCGCCCCCCAUUGUCCUCUUGGACCGGUCGCGUUUGCAGCUUCUGUGCAGGUGGCUUUGUCGACACCCAAUUUUGCUAUCCUCGAGAUGAGCUUGGGGAUGCACUACAACACUGAGGCAGGCGACAUUGAUCUGCUUACAUAUCUAAAGAACCCAAGCGUCUUUGACCUCGAUAGUGGACAUAUCAAGGCACCUACUGGUUAUGGACUUGGUAUUGACAUUGAUGAGGAAAUGGUGAUACGGAUUGCAAAGGAGACGGAGCCGUGGCAGUGCAAGACGUUCCAUGGACCCGACGGCGGGAUUCUUUUUGAGCAUUCUGACUCCAAUGCUCACACGGGAGUGUUCAGCUGUGUGUGA